AUGUCAUUUACGUCGAUUCCCAUCUUGGAUCUGGCCGAGGCCAAGGACUCGGCGACCAAGCCCGAGUUUUUGAGGCAGCUCCGCCAUGCGCUUAUGGAAGUCGGCUUCCUGUAUCUCAAGAAUGUCGGAAUUCCAGACAGCCUGUUUGAGCAGGUGAUUGAACAGGGCAAGGCAUUCUUUGAUAUACCCGAAGAGGAAAAACUCAAGAUUGAAAUGAAGAAUGCGCCGUCCUUUCUGGGCUACUCGCGGCUCUCCGCCGAAAUCACCGCCGGCCAGAUCGACCACCGGGAGCAGAUUGACCUAUCAACCGAGCACCCCAUCCCCGGCCCGGACGCGCCCCUCUACCACAACCUCCUCGCGCCGAACCAGUGGCCCGCCGAGUCUGCGCUGCCCGGGUUCCGCGCCGUCUACACCGACUACAUUACCCGCAUGGGCGCCAUCUCCGUCGCCUUUACCUCGCUCAUUGCCGAAGCGAUUGAGCUGCCCGCCGACGCCUUUAACAAGUACUUUGACGCCGACCAGCAGCACAAGCUCAAAAUCGUCAAGUACCCCGACGCCGCAGACCUCGGUCUGCCUGCCGGCACCGCCGGGGGUCAGGGCGUCGGCCCGCACAAGGACAGCAUGCUGACGAGCUACCUGCUGCAGGCGACGGCGCACCGCGGCCUGCAGGUGCAAAACGUGCGCGGCGCGUGGGUCGACUGCCCGCCCGUCGCGGGCACGCUCGUCGUCGCCAUCGGCCAGGGCCUCGAGGCGCUGACGCGCGGCGUCUGCGUGUCGACGACGCACCGCGUGCAGUCGCCCGCGGCCGGCGCCGGCGCGCGCUUCUCCAUUCCGUUUUUUCAGGGCGUCAAGCUCGACGCUUCCUUUGACGACCUGGAAACGGUCGGCGUCGGCGAGGUCCCAGACGCGGUCCGCGAGCAGCGUCAAGAGGUGGCGGCGCGCAACGGCGGCGGGCGCGUGGAUGACGUCGAGUUUACGUUUCGCAAAGGUGGCGUGGCAAAGACGCUGGGCGAGGCGACGCUGAGGAAUCGGGUAAAGAGCCAUCCGGAUGUAGGGGAGCGCUGGUAUCCGGACAUUUUGCGGGCGAUUCGCGCGGAGCAGGCGGCGGCGGAGCAGCAGCAGCAACAGCAGCAGAAAGGUGGUGAGAAAACGCACCAGGAGAGCCUGGGCCGUGUGUCGUCGCUGCCGGUGGCCAAGGUGGAAGCGCAUUAG